AUGAAAUGUGUCACUUACUUGUCACCACAAACACAAAAUGAGUUACUCGAUGUUAUAGGCAAUCACAUAAUUCUCGGUGACCUUGUCCAAGAGAUAAAGACAGCACAGUUCUAUAGUAUCAUGGCGGAUGAGGUGACAUCUCAUAACACUGAACAGCUGGCUCUGUGCGUCCGCUUCGUGGAUUCAGAUGAAAAUAUUAGGGAGGAGUUCAUACAAUUUUCAAAAGUGAUUCGCACCACGGGUGAAUAUCUGGCCAAUGAGAUCAUUCACAUACUGGAAAACCUUGGUAUACCAUUGAAAGAUAUGCGUGGUCAAGGAUAUGAUGGGGCGAGUAACAUGUCAUCUGGUCGAGUUGGCGUCCAGGCUAAAAUCCGAGAGCAUGCUCCAUUAGCAACAUAUGUGCACUGUAGUGGCCAUUGCUUAAAUCUGGUUAUAAGUCACGCCUGUAACAUACCAGAAGUGCGUAACAUGAUCGACAAACUUAAGAACUGUUGCCUUUUUUUCCGAAAUAGCCCAAAGAGAAAUGAACUUCUUGAGUUGAUUACAGCGAUUAAAGUCGAGAACCAAACAAGGAGAAAAACUUUAAUUGAUCUCUGUCGGACCCGAUGGGCGGAGCGCCAAAAUGCCUACCAACACUUUUACCAGUGCUAUUUCUUUAUUGUUGAUGCCCUACAGGUGAUCGGCUACAAGAUGCAUCUUGAAGAAUACAAUGGUCUACAUGAAGGUUUUGCAGAAUUGUAUUGGGAUUGGAAAACACAGACCCGCAGUGAUGCGCAGAAGUUGCUCACUGGUAUAACAAGUUUUGGCUUUAUUAUAGUUUUCCUCACAGUCUACCAAUAUCUCUCACAUCUUUCUGGACUUACUGUUCAGCUCCAAAGCUCCUCUCUGGAUAUUAUUCAUGCAUAUAAUGCCGUGAACGAUAUUAAAGAUAUCUACAAGAAAGAGCGCCAUGACGUUGACAGUAAUUUCGAAUCUGUAAUUUUCAAACAGGCAGAGAGAAUGGCAGCAAAAGUGGGUGUUGAGCCCAAUAAGCCAAGGGUCAGUGGGAGACAGAUAUACCGUGCCAAUAAUGCUGCAAGUAGUACUGUACUGGAACACUACAAACUGAACUUGGCAAUUCCUUUCUUGGAUCAUGUGUGUGAAAAUUUAAACUCUAAGUUUUCUGGACUGGCUAAAACUGCAAUUUCACUGCUAGGACUAGUACCAUCUAUACUUUGUGAAAACAACAUGUCGAUUGACGAAAUCCUACGUAUGUACAACGAGGAUCUCCCAUCACCCGAGGUGACCGACCUAGAAUUGAAACGUUGGAAAAUGCGAUAUGAAAAUGUGUCACCUGAGAGGAGACCUUCUACUCCAGCUGCUGCGUUGAAGGAUUGUGAUGGAACCCAUUUUCCUAACAUAAAAACUCUUCUCAGGAUCGCAUGUACUAUUCCAGCAACCUCCUGUGAGUGCGAACGAAGUGCAAGUUCAUUAAGGCGUUUACAUUCAUAUGCGAGGGCAACGAUGGGGCAAGAACGCCUGUCUGCAUUGGCACUCUUGCACAUUCAUUACGAUAAGGAGAUUGAUCUUGACCGUGUCGUGAACGUGUUUGUACAAUGUCAUCCAAGGCGUCUUGAACUCUCAUCGAUAAUUAAACCAUAA